UCCGUACCUCGUCGAUUGAGUCAGGAAGUUGCUGCAACGUUUUUCAUUCAUUCUGUACUGUCUCUGCAUGCAGUAUUGAUGUUGGAACAUUUGGUAACUGCUCCAUUUCAAAAUGCGUAGAAGACCCGAAGCUCAGUCCUCAACCAAUGAGCCUGCCGGUGCUAAUAAAAAGAAUCCUGAUCAGAGACUACACGGCCAAGCUGAAGCCAAAGGCAGAGUGUCAUACAGCUCUGUGCUCAUAAACAUUGGAAAGUGUUUACUGUUAAUCAUCAUCAUCCCUCCGUUCCUCAACUAUGCGUCACUGCAGAGAGAAGGACAGAUGCUCUUGCCCAAAGGCGGCCAGAUUGUUGAUGUUGGUUUGGGUCAAAAGAUGCUCCUUUUGUGUAAAGGACGAGGAAGCCCUGUCGUCAUCCUAGAUGCACCGACUGGAAAGUCCUCAGACAUUUGGUUUCAUGUCCAAGAGAGUGUUUCCGCACUGACAACGGUUUGCACCUACGACAGAAUGGGACUGGGCUUCAGCAAGCGACUGAUGCAGAAUGAGACCACAGGAACAGAGAAAGUUUGGGGCAUGUCAACGACUGGACGGAUGGUGGAUGAUCUGUACCGGCUCCUGGAGGCUGCUGGGAUAGCUAAACCCUUCAUCCUGGUGGGGUCCGAGCUCGGUGCGCUCAACGGCAGGUUCUACAGCCACAUUCAUGAUGUGCAAGUGUCAGACCUGGUGCUGAUUGAUCCCAUCCCAGAGGAUGUUUUUGAAGAGGACCAGUGGAAGGAGUACUGGUAUGGUAAGCUGCUGCCGUCUCUCCAAGCCAGGCAGUUUUCAGCAGCUACAGGACUGAGCCGCAUGCUGAUCAUCCUGGGGGCAAUUGAACCAACUAUAAAAGGCCAAAAUGUCUCAGAGGAGGUCAUCCAGCGCCAGAAAUACCUACUGAGUAACCCUGCCCAUCAAAGCAGUGCUGUAGAUGAACAUUUCUUUCUGAAUGAAAGUGCAGCUCAAGUAAGGGAUAUCACCAAGUUUAAGCCCCUUUCCAGCAGGACAUCAGUGAGCGUGCUCACUGGGGACUCCUUUGACGAACAACUGCCCGAACACCUAAACCAAAUGGUAGCUAAGCUUCAAAAGAGGUUUCUGAAGGAAUCCUACCCAUCAGCCAAUCACAUUCACAUAAAAGGAGCAGACCGGCGAAUGAUCUACAAGAAGCCAUCUGCCAUCAGCCAGCACCUGAGGAAGCUAGUCAACCAGCGACAAGCCAAACAGCAGAGCGAGUGACCCACGGCCAACAUGUAACUACACCCCAGAUAUGGAAAAGGGAUGGUUGAAUAUGUUUUAAGUAUUCAAUAAAAAAUUCAAGUUACCUUUUUUUUUUAACCUUUCUCUGCAGCGCUCUGUGGAGGUUGUCUACAUGUCUGCUGAGGUUCAUCAGGAAGUCAAUUUCAGAACAUAUUUUUGCACAACUCAUUGGAAGCUUUUUAAUUGCAGAUAACUGGAGGGUAUUCAGUGUGAUGAAAUAUUUUCUGUCUUAGAUUCAUCUUAUCUUUCAAGUUGUUAUUUCAGGCUCUUCACCUGAUUGGCCAGUGCAGAAAAAAUUAUUACAAUAUUCCUUAUCAAUGUAAAGGUCACACACAUCACUGCUCAACCCAAUACUUUAUUAUCUCAUUUAGUUCUGUCUUAAUAUUCUUCCAUGUUUUAGCCACAAAGAAUUCCAUUCUUCCUGCUGGGCUGCACUAGCUUCAGCUGCUACAGUUGAGUUGCGUCACAACCCCAUGUGGACCUCUGUUUUGUGACUUUUAUAAGUUGGAAACAGAUAAACCUUUUUGUAAAUAAAUCUUUAUGCAGUUUUGAGCCUAUUUGUUACCAAACAUUGCUAUUCUCGUGGCAAACAUGAAUGGUUUUGAUAGGUACAGAAAAGUGUGAAAGAAAGACCAGAGAGCAUUGGUUUAUCCUGAGGAUUUAAGUUUAAUUAUGACACCACAUCAAAAUAAAAAUUUCCAACAGAUCUGGAAUUUAAUUCCAUCCAUAUACAUGCAUAGCAACAACGUUUUAAGAAACAUUUUCUCCCAUAAUCAGGACAUUGGAAUGAUCAUUUUACAUCAGUAUCCCCACUGACCUCCCACCCAUCUUGUUCAUCAGCAAUAAACUUAAUUCUUGUACAACUUCUUUUUUUCCCUAUGGGGUUACAAAUAAUUAUAUGCACAGUCCCCAUUUCAUAAUACUGCUUUCAGUAAUGUUCCCUCAUUUACAAAGUAUUGCAUUGAGAGCAAAUUUCAAAAAGGGAGACCAAAGUGUAUCAUCAAACAGAAAUACGAGUACUAUACAAGAAUGCUGCCAUCCUCAUGAAAACAUCCACAUCUGAGUUGAAGAAAAGAGACAGGGACAAACAGCCACAUAUGUAUGCAAAGCCAUGUGUAUAUGCCAAAAUGUGAGAUGCAGGGUUGUGCCUGUUUAUCACCCCCAAAUGGUGAUUAUUAAGGCGAACAAGUCAUUAGAAGCAAUCUGCAAGUGACAUUUUGGGCAUAUACAGAAACUGGUACAGCAAAUAAGAAUACACAAGUGCCUCAGUAGCUAUUUUUGUGUCUAAAAUGCAUCUCAUUUUUGUAUUGUCUAUUGUUUCAUUGAGCCUACAUUACAGUGUAAACAAUAUGUGUGCUACACAAGAAUGACUAUACAAUAACAUUACAAACAACUCUGAUAUAAAUUUCAUUUUGAAUUUAAAUUAAGAUCACUACUCCUAUUAAUACUGAUUGUAAAAUAAAUUAAUGUGAAAGUGGCA